AUGCAGUUCCUCCGAGGCGUCGGCGGCGGGGGUGGCGGAGGAGCGGGAGGGGCGGGGUCAAUGGCGUGGGAGGUGUUGAGGAGGCAUUUCUCGCGGAAGCGGGCGGUGGACAUCCGGCGGAUCAACCCCAAGGUGCCCAAGGAGGAGGCCGUGGCCAUCUCCGGCCGCCUCCUCCAGAUCCUCGCCGACCACGGGCCGCUCACCGUCGGCAACACCUGGAACCACGCCAAGGAUGCUGCGAUCGACGGCCUGAACAGCAAGACCCACAUGAAGAUCCUGCUCAAGUGGAUGUGGGGGAGGAGGAUCAUCAAGCUCUCCUGCACGCAGGCCGGCAACACCAAGAAGUUCCUCUACUCCCCGUUCACCGCCGACGACGCCGAGGCGGCCGAGGAGCCAUCGCCGGCCGAGGAGCAGCCCAAGAAGAAAGGGUGGAAAGGGAAACACCCAAAGUACCAGACCAAGAAACAGCCGGCAACAGCGGCUUGA